GCCGUGUGCCUCCGUUUUCAGAAGAGAGAGGUGGAGAUGCACUGAAAUCGGCAGAACACUCUCAGCUCCCUUGCGUUGACAUCAUGAGUUCCAGACCAGUCCCACCACCGCGGCAGAGAAACAGAAGCUGCCUUUACACCAGCCUGUGGGAUUUCAAAGCUAUGACAGAGACUGAAUUAAGCUUCCGGGCCGGAGAGCUAUUCCAGGUGAUGGAGAAGAAUGGAGAGUGGUGGUGGGCCAUUAGGAUGGAUGCCUCCGGGAGAAGUUUUGAGGAAGGCUACAUUCCAUACAACUACCUGGCCGAGCAGGAGACUGUGGAAGCAGAGCCGUGGUUUUUUGGGCAGAUCUCCCGUUCUGAGGCAGUACAUCGGCUGAUGUCGGAAGAGAACAAAACCGGGGCCUUCCUAAUCCGAAUCAGCGAGAAGAAAGGGGCCGAGUAUGUGUUGUCAGUCCGAGAUGAGUCACUGGUGAGGCACUACAAGAUCUUGCGCAACGCCCAGGGAACUUUCUGCAUGAACGCCAGCAGAUCCUUUCCAGAUCUCUUCUCCCUGAUAGAGUAUUACAAAGGGAAGGGGCUCACCCAUGGCCUCCAGCUGUUGGCCCCUUGCUACAAGCAAGAACCCACAGCAAUGCCCCACUGGGAUGACUGGGAAAGGCCAAAGGAAGAGUUCAGCCUUGUCCAGAAACUGGGCGCAGGUUACUUUGGAGAAGUCUAUGAAGGAUACUGGAAAGACCGAGUCAGAGUUGCAGUCAAAGUGCUCCCCCGAGCUGAUUUGACGUGCCAGGACAUGUUCAGAAAUGAAACUGAGGCUAUGAAGAAGCUGAGACACAAGCACAUCCUCUCUCUCUAUGCCAUUUCUUCUCUUGGGGAUCCUGUGUACAUCAUCACAGAGAUCAUGAGCAAAGGGAACCUGCUGGAAUUCCUCCGAGGUUCCGAAGGGGAGCAGCUACAAAUAUCAGAGCUGGUUGACAUGGCCUCCCAGGUGGCCAAUGGGAUGUGCUACCUGGAGAUGCAAAAUUUCAUCCACCGAGAUCUGGCCGCCAGGAACAUCCUGGUUGGGGAGAACAACAUCUGCAAAGUGGGAGAUUUUGGGAUGGCCAGGCUUAUCAAGGAUGACAUUUAUCUCUCUUACUCCCACAACCUUCCCUACAAAUGGACAGCACCAGAGGCACUCUCCCACGGACGCUACUCUGUCAAAUCUGAUGUUUGGUCCUUUGGAAUCCUUCUCUAUGAAAUCAUGACCCUUGGCCAGAAUCCAUAUCCAGGUAUGACCAAUAGUGAAGUUUUCAAGCAUGUACAGACUGGUUUCCGGAUGAACUGCCCUCCAAAAUGCCCAGCCACAAUGUACAAUAUCAUGCAUAAAUGCUGGGACCUUAAUCCAAAAGAAAGGCCGGACUUCAAGCAUCUCCAAGGGCAGCUUCAGAGUUUCACCAACUAUGAGAAUCCUGAAUGAAAGAAGUUUUUUCCUCUUAGAACCAUAGAACAGAAUCAUAAAAUCGUAGCGUUGGAAGGGGCCUACAGGGCCAUCGAGUCCAAACCCCUGCUCAAUGCAGGAAUCCCACUUAAAGCAUAUCCGACAGGUGGCUGUCCAGCUGCCUCUUGAAUGCCUCCAGGGUUGGAGAGCCCACCACCUCCCUAGGUUAUUGGCUUCAUUGUUGUACCACUCUAACAGUUAGGAGGUUUUUCCUGAUGUUCAGUUGAAAUCUGGCUUCCUGCAACUUGAGCCCAUUACUCUGUGUCCUGCACUCUGGGAUGAUCGAGAAGAGAUCCUGGCCCUCCUCUGUGUGGCAACAUUUCAAGUACUUGAACAAUGCUAUCUUAUCUCUCCUCAGUCUUCUCUUCUUUUAGCUAGUUAGCACAUUUAGCUAGUUUGCUAAUCAGAAUAUCAUGGGGCACUUUGUUAAAAGCUUUGCUGAAGUCAAGAUAUAUUAUGUAUGUCCACAGCAUUCCCACAGUCUACCAAGGAGGUUACCCGAUCAGAAAAAAUGAGAUAAGAUUAGUUUGGCAGGAUUUGUUCUUGAUAAAUCCAUGUUGUCUUCUGGUAAUCACUGCUUUGUUUUCAAGGUGCUUAGAGAUUGACUACUUUUUAAUCUGCUCCAGGGUUUUCCCAGGGAUCGAUGUCAGGCUGACUGGUCUGUAGUUCUCAGGUUCUUCCUUGCUGCCCUUUUUGAAGAUAGGGACAAUAUUAACCCUUCUCCAGUCAUCCAGCACUACACCCAUCCUCCACGAUUUUGCAAAGAUACCUCCUCCUCUUUCCUUAAAAUGUUGCAAAUUCCAUAUGAAAAAGAGACCCCCUAGCAUAUUGAAAAUCACAUACACUUAGGGCAUAAGUGAGUAGGCUCUGGGCUACUGUGCUAGUGCAGACUUUGAUCGUGGAGAUGCAACAUUUAAUGUGACGCGUCCAACUUUUAUUGCCCUCAUUGCAACAAGAUACGAGCAUAAGAAGCGCCCUGCUGGAUGAGGCCAAUCAAGUCCAGCAUCCUGUUCUCACAGUGCCAGCCAUCACUACAUCUUGUAGAUAGGAAUGGCAGAAUCUGGGGGCAUGUCCAUAUAACUGGCACUCAUGAAGAUCCAUGGGUGUUCAUUUGGAUAUAAAAGCUAUCAUGCAGAAGAAAGGAGAAUCUGUGUGUCUCUGGAUUGGAAAGAAUCAGAGAGGUGAAAGAACAGACAUCCUCUUGAAAAUGAAGGCUGUGUUCCCAGAACAAAUCUCAACAUAUUUGUGUGUUUUCUGCAUUGUCUGAUGAUGCCACUCACAGAUUUGCAGUACUCAUCGUGGAAUGUGAACUUUUUCACGUUUAUAGUUGUGGAGAGAACUUGCCUCCCAGGAGGGAACUCUGGAUGCUAUAUUUUUCUCUGGACGAGUGGGUACUUUUGGAAUUUUGAGAAGGGGCCAUGGAUGGCAGUCACAAAAUGGUUGCCAAAUGUAAAAGAGCAGAAAAAGAGACAGGACCACAAAAUGGUGCGGGCAUCUUCCCUCACCAGCCCCCAAUCAAAGGGGGGGGGAAUGCACCUAUUUCAACCACCGGCACACUCACAGAGAGGUUUUUGCACCUGUUCAGAACAGAAGAAUGGGUAGGUAUCUAGUCCUGGCAUUCAGUGAAAUGUGGGCAUGUUUAAAGGGGUGUGUUCAAUGUAGGAGAAGCCAUGUAGGAACUGAGCAGGAAGAGCAAACAGUCUUUCGUGCAUUGUGGAUUUUUGAAAGGAUAUUUACUGAGACCUUUUGCCCUUCUGCAGGUGAUGCAGGAGGUAGUGGUGGGUAAACUGGCACCUGCAGAUACUGCAUUGGCAACCCCUGCUCUAUGCCAACAAACAUGGAUGUCCUUGACUGAUUAUCUCAUGUGCUCCUUUAGAAAUGCACCUGUUUAAUGGAAGAACAAAAUGUGCGUCUAGCAGUAGGUUUUACCAGAUUGUUCAGACCAAGUGACCACAUUUCAGGGGACUGUCAUUGCUAUUUAAAAUGGCUCGUUGCAACCUGGUGCACUGCAUUAAUCAGCUAUGCAUUUUUUAAAAAGUGUAUUAAAUGACAUCAAAAAGUUUUCUUGAAGUGGCCAAAGAAAAUAAAUGU